AUGACGGAGCCGAAUGAAGUCAAAGUUGAGACCCUCUUGAGCAUCAUCAACUCCUCCGCGCGCGAAGCAAUGGCGGAAUACAAGAACACUGGACAUGGAGUCCCCGGUAUCGACGCAGGCACCUUUCACCCCCUCGACUUUGCGACAGAUACACUUACCCUCAGAAAGGCAAUCAGGCAGCUGGAGGCUGCGUGCGAACAAUUGAACACAAUACUGGCUCCCCCUCAACACACAGCAUAUAAUCUUGUUAGUAAUUACAAUUGGGCGUGCAUGGACGUCGCCGCGCAAUCAUGUAUUGCAGACGUCUUGGAAAAAUACCCGGAAGGUCUUGGUGUGGAUGCGUUGGCUGACGCAGUCAAUCUCGACAAGACCAAGAUCGCACGCGUCUUGCGAUUUCUGGCCCUCAUGGGUUGUUUCAAAGAAGUUAAGCGAGACGUAUUCACAAACACGCGACUCUCCCUCGUGCUCAAGUCGACAAACAACGUUGGGUCUUGUAUACGAAAUCACCGAAGAUGCCCCAAAUAUGCUGCAGCUCUCUAUGAGACCAUGACCGACCAAGAGUUUGCAAGAUCUCACGAAGUUGAAAAGGCCCCUCGAGCAUUUGUUCUCGGAAAGCAAGGCAAAAACAACAACUUCUGGGAAAUGGACGAUAAGGCACGCGAAAUAUUCCACAGAAGCAUGAUAGGCCAUUCUGAGGUCCAUGGCUCGUAUGCGGCGUUGCAUUAUUACCCUUGGGACAAUGUAUCAUCCGUGGUGGAUGUUGGAUCUGGAACCGGAACAGUGUCUAUCCCUCUGGCGAAAAUGUUCCGUCAUCUCAAAAUAACCAAUCAGGAUCUCCCAGAAACUAUAAAGCUGUCAAGAAAUAUAUGGGAGAAGAAUGCUCCUGAGGUGCUGCUCGACGGGCGUGUAGAGUUCGUGACAUUGAAUUUCUUGGAGGAGUCACCUGUUGCUGGAAAGGAUGUUUACUAUGUAAGUGCCAAGUUUUUAAGGAGCAUCAUUCACGACUGGCCGGACGAUGAGUCAAAGCUGAUUCUCAACAAUAUUCGCAAAGUAAUGGGACCAAACAGCCGAGUGUUGAUUCGUGAGUCAGCUGCGUUUCAAAGCGAUGUUUUCUCCAGAAUCAACGACCAUAAGGCGCCCGAACCUACAUUAUUGAACUUCGGUUGUAGCACAGCACACCAGCAUGACAUGACGAUGUGGCUUCUUUUCAAUGGCAAGGAGCGAACCUUGAACGAAUUCAAGAACAUUGGGCAAGUUCCUUCUAUUCAUGGACACGUUGACGAUGUUUAA